ACAAUUUCCUUUUGUUUAGUUUUGCAAUUGGUAGAAGAGUACCAUAAUUUCUGUUGCUAUUACAGCGUUGCUAUAUAUUCCGCAUUCGAUAAAUUUCAUGGCAUUUUUAAUGUAAAGGCUUUCACAAUAUGCUAAGCCGCUUCCGGAUAAAGCGGUUCCGACGAAUUCAGAUGCAGAUUCAGUGUGUAGUUCAAAGGUUUGACACUUAUGCCAUUUUGUUUCACCAUAAGCAAGUGUCAAACGCAAAUGCAUGGUACAUGUGGACGAUGGUUUCAACGUUUAGAAACCGGUGGCUACAAUGUUUCCGGGAAGACCACGAAAAACCGCCAAAAGUUCCGAAGAUGUGGAAUUGCAGACAUUGUCUUUUUAAUAAGAAUAAUCAGUUAUUUAGUUUCCAUGUAGUCUCUGCUUUCCAAAGUUCAAACAGAACUCAGAUCACCAAACUUGUUCGAAUUUGCCUUUCUGAUGAAUCAUCGGUAUAUGCAUCAACUGAUAAAUCCGGUUUUGUGAGAAGACCUGAUGAGAAAUUUGAAAAAGAUUGCAUCGUAAAAAGGGUCAAUCAUCGAUUCACUAUUAUAGCCCGGCCAAGUACAGGGCGCCUAUAAAUUGCCCAAAAGACAUUGAGGCAAGACCAAUAAACCGGAAUGGAAGUUAUGAUUCCAGCAAAGACGGUUUGACUAAAUAUUAAAUUCGAAUUUUAUUUUCAACGUUAUAUGAUUAUGUUAAGUAUAUUUCAAAUGUCUAUUCAAUACUGUUUGGCAAUGUAAAUAAUUUGUUAAAAUUGGUAACAUGUUUAUUACCUCUCCUUGCAUAUAAAAUGAAAUUAUGUAUUUUUUCGAAGAUUGCUCUGAUAAUUUGGUCACCCACGGUAAAAAAGUGAACUCCCUUUGAUGGCAAAAUGGAGCAUUUUUAUUAAAAAUUUAAUGUAGAUGUAUUUUUUUUUCCAUGAGUUACUUUUUAAUUUUUCGAAAUGAAUUUUUUCUCAUAGUCAGUAGUAUAGAGAUAAGGUGGAAAUAGUGCUAACCCUUUAGAGGCACUCUUCUGUAUUGACUCAGAAAAGUGAGU